AGCCCCUAGAUUCUGUCACACCUCUGUCCCACCGCCAUUUUUUAGCUGCCGCCUCUUCAGUUUUAUCUGAGAAUGCGCGUACCCACUGAAUCGUAGUCCCUUGCGGCUCGCUGUUGUCGCAUACAUGUCGCGAUCCAAUCGCCUGUCGUCGCAGCACCAUCGCACGAUCGCGCAGCCGCACAGAGGGUCCUCCCAGCCGCACCACCGAGGCGUGCCAGGGCGAGGCGGCGGCGGCAGCCAGCUGUGCGGGCGCCUGCUGCUGCUGCUCGUGGUCGCGCAAGGCCUCUACAUCCUAAAGCUUAAAUUCUCCCCGCGAUCUGAUGCCACGCGACAGAGCGCAGCGACCGCGGCUCAGGGCCAAUCGGACGGCCACGAUUUGACGAAGCUGUUCAGCGCAAGCGGCGGAGGAAGCGGGCAGCGGGAGGCGGCUGCGGACGCGGAUUCGAUUCACCUCGGCGGACCGCGACGAAACACCCACGAAGGUUCGCGUGGCGCCACGUACUACGCGGGCGACGAGCGCAAGUGGGUGCGGAGAUUCGCGGGCGGCGGGAUCGACGCGAAGGACGAUGCGGAGCCGCGCGGAGAGGGUGCGCAGCAGGGGGAGGACCGGGGGAAUGCGCGGGAGCAUGCGCUGGUAAAGGCGCAGGGGGAGGCGGGGGGGGAGGAGGGAAAGGGGGUGGAGUUAAGAAGCGGCGAUGACGAUUGGAUGGUUGACGGGACUAAGACUAGUCAGCCCAUAAUAGUCGACGAGGAGAGCGGGAGGGGCGGAGGGGAGGGUGAGGAGGAGCGGAAGGGAGUGGAGUUAAGGAGUGGUGACGAUGAUUGGAUGGUGGACGGGACUAAGAGCGACCAGCCGUUGAUCUUCGAUGAGAACACGUGGCGCGGCAGGGGGACGGACGACGAUAGUGGGAGGGGGAGGGAGGCGGACGACGAUAGGGGGAGGGGGAGGGAGGGAGGGGAGACGAGGGAGGAGGAGGAGGAGGAGGGGGAGGGGGAGCCGGUUUGGCAGUCGCCAUUGGACGAGGCGUCUGAGUGGUCCCCACUGCAGGGCCCUCCUGAUGGGCUGACGUGUCGCUCAUGGCUGCAAGAGGCUGAUGACGUGGCAUUCAGGAGGGACUUCGAGAAGCGGCCAAUCAGAGUGAUGGAUUACGAGAUCCGCAGGUACCCGUGUGACGUGCCGUGUGAGAUGGUGGGCAAGACCCCCGCCGCGCAGCUGGACGGCAGCCUGGCGGGCGCCGUGCCUCGGCACAAGGCGGUGAUGCGCUCCAUGGAGCCGCGGGGGUAUUAUGCCAGCAACGACCUGGCUGCGGCGCACAAGGAGCACGGGGUGGUAAUGACGGUGCACUAUGACUCGGACGUGCCGGUGCAGUACGGGUCGUGGGAGGAGUACGAUGUGAUGCGGCCAGCCGUGAAUAAGACCGCCAUGGCGGCUGCUUUCAUCAGCAACUGCCACGCCAACAACUUCAGACUCGAGGCACUGAAGGAGCUGGGUCGCCACAUGGAGGUGCAUUCGUACGGCCGCUGCCUCAACAACAUACGCAGCGAGCGCGACAAGCUGCCAGUGCUGGCGCGGCACCGCUUCUCCCUGGCGUUCGAGAACACCUGCGAGGAGGACUACGUCACCGAGAAGUUCUGGCAGUGCCUCGUCGCCGGGUCCAUCCCCGUCGUCAUCGGAGCCCCCAACAUCGCCGCCUUCGGUCCCGCCGACAACUCCUUCCUCCAGAUCACCUCCCUGGAGGAUGUGCCGCGGGUGGCGCGGCAGAUGGCAACGCUUGCUGGUAACCAGACGGCGUAUGAUGAGAUGCUGGCGUGGAAGAGGGACGGGCCGUCGCAGGCGUUUCUGGCGAAUAUGGAUCUGUCAGCAGUGCACUCUUCCUGCCGCCUCUGUAUCUUUCUCGCUGACCGGAUCCGGAGAAGGGACCUGAUUGCUGCCAAAGCCCGCCGCCCGUGCCGGUGCGAGGUGCCGGGGAAGCGGGAGGGCGAGAAGCUGGUGGUAUACCACCUGUACGUGCGAGAACGGGGGACGUUCCACUUCACCUCAGUUUUCCUGCGCAGCGACCACCUCACUAUGAGAGGGCUCACUCUAGCCAUAAGACGCAGCUUUCAGAAGAAAGCUCAUAAGCCGGUGUGGGUGGGGAAGCGGCCGGCGGUGUUGGGAGCGGAUGAGAAGGCGUGGGCUUUAAAGAUCUAUCGGAUAUACCCGGCGGGGGCGACGCAACGAGAGGCGCUGUGGGGCGAGGCGUGGUUUAGAAACUCGUCGCAGGCGGUGGGGCAUGUAAGCGCGCACCCGUGUGCAAGACUAGAGGUUAUCUUCGUAUGAUGCAGGUGGGCUGUUAUUCUAGGUUCCUAUUGUGCUGUGGAUUUGCGAAUGAGUUGCUUGGCAGGAAUGCUU